AUCCCAGCAGCAUGCCGAGGAAGCGCACCGGCAAGAAGAGCCUGGCGCCAGACCAGGAGUCUCCCGGGGGGAAGCGGAUUAAAGUGUGCCACCCGUCCCACCGCACGCAGCCCGGGCUGGUGCUGACGCUGGGGCAGGGCGAUGUUGGCCAGCUGGGCCUGGGAGAGGAUGUGAUGGAGAGGAAGAAACCAGCCCUGGUGUCCCUGCCGGAGAUGAUCCUGCAGGCGGAAGCGGGGGGCAUGCACACGGUGUGCCUCAGCCAGACAGGGAAGAUCUACACCUUUGGCUGCAAUGAUGAGGGUGCCCUCGGGCGAGACACCUCGGCAGAAGGGUCCGAGACCACGCCGGGGCUGGUGGAGCUGCAGGAGAAGGUGGUGCAGGUGUCUGCAGGGGACAGUCACACGGCUGCGCUGACGGAGGACGGCAGGGUUUUUGUCUGGGGCUCCUUCCGGGAUAACAACGGGGUGAUCGGCUUGCUGGAGCCCAUGAAGACCAGCUCCAUCCCUGUGCUGCUCCAGAUCAAUGCACCCGUCAUUAAAAUUGUCUCAGGGAAUGACCACCUAGUGAUGCUGACGGUGGAUGGUGACCUCUUCACGUGUGGCUGUGGUGAGCAGGGCCAGCUGGGGAGAGUGCCAGAGCUCUUUGCCAACCGAGGAGGAAGGAGAGGUCUACAGCGGUUGCUGAUCCCCGAGCGCGUCCCUGUCAGAGGCAAAGGCAACAGAGGCAAAUUGCGUUUCCAGGAUGCCUUUUGUGGGGCUUAUUUCACUUUUGCCAUCACAGAGGAGGGACACAUCUAUGGAUUCGGCCUCUCUAACUACCAUCAGCUUGGCACCCAGGGCACCGAGCCCUGCUUCUCCCCACAGAACCUGACGUGCUUCAAGAACUCCACCAAGUCCUGGGUCGGGUUCUCUGGAGGGCAGCACCACACAGUGUGUGUGGACUCAGAGGGGAAAGCCUACAGCCUGGGCAGGGCAGAGUACGGCCGCCUGGGCCUCGGGGCUGGGGCAGAGGAGAAGAGCACACCCACAGUCAUCCCUGAGCUGCCCAGCAUCUCCUCUGUGGCCUGCGGAGCUUCGGUUGGCUACGCUGUCAGCAGUGACGGCCGAGCGUUCGCCUGGGGCAUGGGCACCAACUACCAGCUGGGCACAGGGGAGGAGGAGGACGCCUGGAGCCCUGUGGAGAUGGUGGGCAAGCAGCUGGAGAACCGCACGGUGCUGGCCGUGUCCAGUGGUGGGCAGCACACUGUGCUGCUGGUCAAGGACAAGGAGCAGAGUUGAUGAAGCGACAGCUCAGCUGAGCCCAGUGGGAUGACAGGACCUGCACACCCCCCCCGCCUUCCACCUGGGACGGGUGACUGGUUUCCAGCUCUGGUGUCCCAUCACUGGCAGGGGGAGGGCAGGAGGCUCCCGGAGCUGGGAGCAGACCCCGUGGCUGGAGCAGGGCUCUCCAGGGGUGCUCGUGGUUUCUCCCUGCGUGUGUCUUGUCUUCCCACGGUGCCCGGUGCUCUGUCAGCUCCCCCAGGUUGGCUUGGUCCUAAAUCAAUCUCAGUGCUGUGGCUGGAU